CAAAGCCUGGCGCUGGGCAAUAACGAGGCGGCGGACGGCCUGCCACGGACGGCAGGGCAGCACAGCGUCGCUCGUCACAUAUUUAGUGAAGGGGCAGCCCCGGCACGCGCGCGGAGGCGGCGCGAGGCGCGUCCCAGCGGCAAGCCCCAAGCAGUAGACGAUGGUGCUCUUCACGGCAGAGGGCCGCCAGUCCACGAAAGCUAGGAGAGUCGCCGACCUCACGGACCCUCCUUCUGAGUCCUACGCCUCGGACUCGAAGAAGGAGGCUUUAUGCCUAGAAUACGUGCGCCAGUUCCGGCAGAAAUUCGUCGCGCUCUUCCCGAAGCGCCGGGAGCUAUUCCUCGCCCCGCAGAACGAAUUUGGAGUAGCAAAGUUCGUCUGUACGACCGUAAGACCCACGUUACUCCCGUUCGACCAGUUGUACGAGGCCAGACCUUUGGCGACGUUCGUAGCAAACUUCUUACAAUAUGAACCGUUGGAGGCGCCGGACGCCUUCCCCAGCGUACUCCCGUCGCCGACGCAAGUUGUUCAGUGGAAGUGCGGCGACUGCUUCGACUUCGCGGUACUCCUAUGUAGUUGGCUCCAGGGGAACGGCUACGACGCGUACGUGGUCUGUGGCUACGCGCCCUCCUACAUCACGCUGAAGGACCAGUCGAAGCUACCCCCACCGGUCUUGGAGGACGAGCCGCUGCCCCCCGACGACGAGUCGGACGAAGAACGGGAAGACCCGGUCGCGCAGCAGCUCCGAGAUGCUAGAGCAGAGGGGAGGUACCUCUACAAGGAGCGCGGCGUCCCGGAAUCGAAGUACGAAGUCAUGAUGGCCCAGCGGGAAGCUGAAGCGAAACUAGCCGCUCAAAAGACGUCUGACGACGAGUUAUCUGAAGAAGAAGACGACGCCGAGACCGCCGAAGUACCUGAUGAUAGUUCUUCACUCCAUGCCUGGGUCAUGCUGCGGCCCUUCAAGCGCGGUGUUACGGAAGUCACAUACAUCGAACCGACGACGGGCAACUUUUAUUCAUGUGACGAGGCCCCGUACCACGGUGUAGAAUCGGUCUUCAACGCCAACAACUACUGGGUGAACAUGCAGGAACAAUCGAAAAGAUGCGGAAGUCUCGAAACGGACCUGGACAACACGGACAACUGGGAGUACGUGUUUAUGGACCCGAUGCCACCGAAGAAAGAACCUAAGGUUGUGGACGGUCCUCCACCCUUGCCUGGGGACGUUGUCGAAGAAAGUGAAGAGGAGGAGGACAACAUCCUGGACCUGCCGCCCUCGUGGGUUACGAGCGUCAAGCUGUCGAUGGACGACUUCGUGAAGUGCUAUCCCCCUGAUGGUACUAGAACUACUUUGUACAAGAAGGCCAAGUUGGAGUUAUUUGCUGCUGGUACGAACGACCAAGGGUUGAUUUCUCGAUUAGUCUUGUAUGAUGAUAGUAGUAGGACGUCGGUGAAAGAAUGCGUGGAAAGAUUUAAAUAUCGGCGGGAUUUGUUGAGGAAACGACGUAGGGUGCCAUCAGAAGCGCGGCUGGAGGAGGACUUUCUACCGGGGCGACUUGGGGGACUCAAGACGCUCGUCGAGAUAGCUGGAAGGAGGCGAGAAUACGCCUUCCACGCGAAAGGUCGCACAGAUGGUUUACUAACACGUGUCGAAGACGUGGGGGAGAAAGUAGUAGAAACCUUCGCGAAACGACCGGACCGACUCAUAUAUAGAGCAUUGCGAACCCAGAGGGUGGCCCUCGGCGCUGCGUCGAAAUUGCAAUAUACGUUACCCGCGGCGGAGGGUUCUGGCGAGCUCAUCGUGGAAAAGAUGACCCAGAAGUUCGCGCCGGACGGCGAAGAAACGGGUGAGGACGUCGACGUGAGGCGCUUCCGCGUGAAAGAAGGCCGCAUCGAAACCAAGUGCCACUACAAGAAGCACGCCGUGACGCGACCGACUAUUCUCCACGAGAAGGGCGGUGCGGAUGCUGCCGAAGACGAGGAUUUGCAAAGAAUCCUGAAGGCCGAGAGGGACUGUUUGGCCGGGAUGCGCAAAGCACAAAUAGAGGUGUUGGAGUUGCUCAAGACGAGAAGGCGAGAAGAAGCCACGGUAGUCGUAGACAGGCCCGUCUUCGAGACGGCCCGAGAGAAGAAGGCUUCUGAGGGUACGACCAUCGACUCGGCUGGUGACCCACGAGCUGUUGAUUACCUGACACCUUUCUUAGCUCAUGUUGUGGACCCGGCUUCUAUUACCCAUGACGAAGCUCAAAGGGCCAGAGAUGCCUGCCUCAAGUCGCUGAAGGAGCGCUUGGUGGAACGUGCCAACAUCAUGAUGGCGCGCCUCACGGAGGAGAACUCCAAGUUAAGCAAAAAACAAGCAGCUUAUCAGAGGAACGCGCGGGACCGCGACGCGGUCGCCGAGGAAGAAUUCGAGCGGUUCUGCGCCGAGGCCAUGUUCCGCAUCCAGAUCCUCGAGCAGCGCCUGGCCAGUCAUGAGGAGACGGCGCUCAAGAAGUUCCAGGACCUCGACGCGAAGCUCGCCGCCGACCCUAGGAUGCGGGCGCUCCAGGAGUAAGUUCUUUGCUUAG